AUGUUCUUUGAUCAAACAGACAGCUCGCCUGGAAGUGCAGGGCAGCAAGCAGUACUGCAUUCAACUCCAUCGCGUACAGCUUCAUUUUGGAUUUGGUUUUCCCUAAGCGCACUUUGUAAUCUGCUCAGUUUUGCACUGAACUCUAUAUUCAGCAUUGUUGGCAUAAUGGAAAGGAAUGGAACCUUCAGGAACUCCUUCUAUGCAAUAGUUAUCGUGUUCUCGCUGAUUGUUGCGGUGAGCAGCUGUUGCAGGCUCACCUAUGAGUUCGUUAUAGCUUUUACUGAUGUGCAGUCCAAGGCGUUUUCCUCACCAUCUCUCUACGAACGACUAUCGAAAAGGAAGACGAUGCGGUGUGUUCUUCUUGGGCUUGUUGUGUUUUCCAUAAUGGACGCAAUUCUGAUAUACAACAUAGGUGGAUUAAAGAGAGCUUUCGAGGAAGAUACCGUGGUGGAUUAUGCUAGCGAAGUUGUUUUAUUUCAGGUGUCGAACUAUAUAUUCCACGCGCUUCCUCUCGUUUCGUCUGUUUUCUACAUAGCCGCAUAUUUAUCUCUACGUUCAAAAAGAGAAGACGCUAUCAGUGAUAACACAAUAUCCCUUUUGGACAGCGCCGAGAAAAUUACGUUAAAUCAGGGAAUAUGGAUUCUCAUAAUAUACUUCGUGCGUUUUUUUGAAUCGAACAUUAUAUCCCAUAUGAGCUCGCUUUUCACGUUGUAA